AUGGGAGUGGGCGUGCGAAGCAUCGGCCCUUCUACUGUUGCCUUGGCUGCCUCCUCCCUGCCCGCGUCCACUCACACCCUAAACAUACCCUCCACGUCAGUAUCAACCGCUCACCCAUCAACCCCCACACCCAUCAACCCCCACACCCAUCAACCCCCACACCCAUCAACCCCCACACCCAUCAACCCCCACACCCAUCAACCCCCACACCCAUCAACCCCCAAACCCAUCAACCCCCACACCCAUCAAACCCCGCACCCAUCAACCCCCAAACCCAUCAACCCCCGCACCCAUCAACCCCCAAACCCAUCAACCCCCACACCCAUCAACCCCAACACCCAUCAAACCCCGCACCCAUCAAACCCCGCACCCAUCAAACCCCGCACCCAUCAAACCCCGCACCCAUCAACCCCCGCACCCAUCAACCCCCGCACCCAUCAAACCCCGCACCCAUCAACCCCCACCUGCGGCAACCCUCACUCGCCUCCCUCACCCACUCCCACCACCGCAGACUCGCAUCCCCACCUCUCUCCCUGCUCUCACCUGCAGCCCGCCCUUGUGGAUGAGCAGCGCCUGCAGCUGCAGCAGCACGUUGGGCACGAGGUUGCCAUAGUCGUCGUACGAACACGGCAGGUCCUCCGGGGCCUCCCCGAACACACCCACCGCUAUCUUGCUGUGCACGCCAGGUGGGGGCAGGGAGAGGACGGGGGAGGAGGGGGGGAAGGGAGAGGUGGGGGAGGGAGAGGAGGGGGAGAGAGGGGGGGGAGGUUUCCACAGUCGUCGUAUGAACACGGCAGGUCCUCCGAGGCCCACCGCUAUCUUGCUGCCAGCGCAGAGAGUUGGGGAGGGAAAGGGGGAGGGAAAGGGGGAGGGAAAGGUGUUGUAAAUCAACCCUCCCUCCCGCCGCCACGCCUCAACCUGCCCGCCGACACGACCGACCUGCGCGCCGACGCGGAUGACCAGCGCGGCGACGCGGACGACCAGCGCGGCGACGCGGACGACCUGCGCGCCGCCACGGACGGACAGUGCGCGGUCGCUGACGACCUACGCGCCGACGCGGACGGCCAGCGCACGACCGCCGACGACCCGCGCGUCGACGCGGACGGCCAGCGCGCGACCGCCAACGACCCGCGCGCUGACGUGGACGGCCAGCACGCAACCGCCGACGACCCGCGCGCCGAGGCGGACGGCCACGUGGAAGCUGCCAUCCGUGCCUACCGCACCACACUCAACGACCACCUUCGCCGUCAACUACGCUAUGAGGACGACAAGCGCACCUAUGACGAAGCUGCUGCCCGCCACCGCGAAUACCAAGCCCGCCUCACCACGUAUACCACACGCCUCGCCACCUACACCACCGACAUCGCUGCGUGGCGCAUUGCUGAUCGUCGAGCUCUCGCCAUCCUCCUCGCCACUAUCCCCUCCUCCCUCAAGCGAGAGCUUUCACCCUCCUCCUCCUCCCACCUGUGGCAACUGCUUGUCGACCUCUUUGACAGGCAGGACAUCGCCACCCUCUAUGCCCUCAUCAAGGAAUUCGGAUCCAUCACCAUGGAUUCCACCGCCGGCGCAGCCGCCUUCACUCGCCGCGUCCUUGACCUUGCUCGCCGCCUUGCAGCACUUGGUGUUACCUACCCUGACACCGUCAUCUGCUGCCACCUCCUCGAGGGUUGCCCAAUGGAUUAUCACCACUGA